AUGCUGAAGUGGACUGUAAUACCACGCCGCGACGCCGAAAAACCCGACGCCUCGCGCCCUCUAUCGCCCACCUGCCGGACCGACGCCAAGCUGACUACGCCGAAAAGCAAAUCGAAGAGGCGGCGCUCGAGCACGGCGCGGCGCUCAAGCCUUCACAAACGCAGCAGUCUCGACGCCCUGGAAGCCGACAAGGAGAAUCAGUUCACCUCGACGCCCAUCAAGUCUUCGGACAACUUCCUGCAGUUGGAAGCGCUGCGGGACGUCAGCAACCUGACGCCUACGGAUAAGAGGAGGAUACCCUCCGCUAAGAAGUGUAAGAGCGACAGGAAACAUGCCGCACCGGCCACGAGUCCUAGACUGCAGCACAAGAAGAAGAAGCGGUGCAGGAACUCGCAUGGUAUCGACGCUAACAGUCAGUGCAGCAACUACUUCAAACCCUUUGAAACUGUGGACUCCCACAUUGAAGGCAUCUUGAAUGACGAGGCUUGCAACUGUAAAAGAACCUCUGGUUCUUGCAUUAAAAGAGUUCCUGAUAUCUACGCCCCUACCUUACCGAUGAUCUACACCCCUUGUCCUCUAAGAACGCCUCUUUGCAGAAACGGGGCAAGCCUACAACCCUUGGCGAAAGCAUUAGAGGAAGAAAGCAUCCCCCCCAAUAAAAAACCGAAAAUAGACCACAUCAACGAUUUCUUACAACAAAUCACUCACGUUUCCUCACCGGAGACUAGCAACUUACAAUUUCCCGGUCUCAUACUGAACUCCACCACCAAGAUAUUCCCGAAAGAAUUAAAAGUAUCUCCUCUAGUCAAGAAAUUCCUAGAUUUAAAGUUCAACAAAGUCAGUGUAGAUAGUAGGCUAGAAACCAACUCCAAUGAUUCCUCCCUCAUCAACGACAUGUCUUUGGACAAAAUAGUAGACGCUAUACUUGAUACCACGGACGACAGCAUCAGGCCGACAGUUAGAAGAGCUCUUAACACUAGUCUUAUAGUAAACGUAAACGAGAACGACUUAAAUGAAACUCGAGAACACGAACAAAAGACGUUUGGCGUUGAAAAUGUUUCAGAAAACUCUUCAGAUUCUGGGUUCAGAAGCUCCACCACCGAAAAUCGACACCAGCUGGAUAUUAACUUCAUCUGCAAAUGCAACAACAACAACAGGGAAAAAAUAAUCGAUAGUAACAUCCCCAUUGACAAAACCCUUAUUCCAAUCGACGAAACCUUCAAUGAAAGGUGUGUCGAUGAAGAUUUAAGCAGUAGAAAGAGGCCUUCUUCUACAGUUCUGGACUGUGAAACGAACUCUAAAAGGGUGUUUUUGGAUAAGUCUCUGGGAGAAACCACAAACUUCACUCUUAAGAGACAGAAGUGUAUCCGGCGGCGUAGGACUGAUGAGAUGAGGAAAAUGAAGUGUUACAGCGCGGGAAAAAAUAGCGUGUUUUGUGAAAUAGGGAACAGUUCGUAUAGCUCGUCGAAGAUCAUGGAUUUCGAGAGCACACCUCUUAGAAACUGCUAUUUAGAGAAUAAAGAAAUCGGCGCGGAUACGUUGGUUAUGGAGACGCCUAUGGAGGAAUUCAGGGGUAUAAGGAGGUGUCUUUUGUUCGACUCUCCAAAAACGAACGAUUCCACAAGUCUGUCGGAGAGUACGUCGACCACCAGAAGUGGGAUAAUCGACGUGAGGGGAUCCAUAGAUCUUAAAAUAAAUUCUGAAGAUGAUGUGAUAUUUAUCAAUGUUAUAAGAUGCAAGGACCUCUACAGGCCCAAUGGGGAAAAAAUAAACGCCUACGUCAAGGUCGCCCUGAGUGAUCGAUUGGGGGACAGCAGGAGGAAGAGGCACGCCGUCCUGCAGCGAACGGCCGUGCAGGGAGACUCGGCCAGACCGCACUUCAAUCACACCUUCAGGAUACCGGCGGCCGCCGGCGGCGGCGACGUCCAGAAGAGGAUACACGUGGAGGUGUGGCACAGGGACAGGACGACCAGAACCAGUGAAUUUCUCGGAUGCACGUCGUUCGACGUUAGAGAUGCUAUUGAUACGGGAUUUAGCGGCUCUUACAGACUGCUACCUCAAUCGACUGGCCGGUGCACGCACGUGCCGAUAACACAGGACGCCGCGACGACAGACGUACAGACCGACGCCAAGAUGUGCGAGAGCCAGUCCAGCGUGGACGAGCUCAUGAGCCUGGAGGACCUGGAGAACGACCUGAAGAAGUCCACGUGCAAGUCCGUGCUCAGCGAGCAGCAGAAGUACGCCGACGAGAACCUCUUCCUGAGGUACCUGGAGCUCGACCCCACGGAAGGUCCGGACGCCACGUCCGCCGCCACCCAGAGGAAGGCCACCGGGAACAGGAACGGCAGGACACCGUUCACGUGCACCAAGAGGCUGAUAAGGCCGCCCAAGUCCGGCUUCGGGUUCUCGGUGGUGUGGACUCACCCCCCUAGGAUAGAGAGGGUGGAGAAGGGGUUGCCCGCCGAGAGGGCGGGGAUCCUCCCCGGGGACUACAUCAUCUUCGUGGACAAGCACAACGUGGUCAUGAUGCCGGAGAUUGAUAUUUUGAAUUUAAUUAGAUCUUACGGAAGUCAAUUAACCCUGGAGAUAUUCAGACGCAACCCGUCUAGGAACGGGUCCGUGCCCAGCGUGAAGAGGGUGUCCACGCCCCUAGCCACCUCGGGAACGCUAGGCAGCAGCUCCAUCCUUCCCGUGACCUCCGUCACGUCCUCCUCGAACCUGGUGCAACGCAGGCCGUCGACGGUGUGCUCCACCAACACGACUUCCGUGGAUUACAGCAGGAGGAAGCUGCAUCUGCCCCAGGUCACCUUCAGCGCCGAGAAGCCGACAAGUAACCCUGACGAGAACCGCAAGAAGGCGAUGUACCAAUUAAUCAGCAAGGAGCAACAAUACGCGACAGGGCUGCAAUUCGCCAUAGCGAGGUUCGUCUCCGCUCUAGCCGAGAGAAAGGACCUCAUCACCCCCUCCGAGCACAGGAUAUUAUUCCAGAACUGCGAGGAGAUCCUCCGCAUAACGGAAGACAUCCUCGACCACCUGGUGCAGGAAGACGGGGAACCCCAGCUCCACCACUUGACGAGGACCUACCACCUAAAACUGCACGAGAUCACGUCGGCGUACAAGCGGUACUGCUCAGGAAUCAAAAAGGCGGACUGCAUCCUGGCCAAUAAGACGAAGAACUCCAACUCGGACUUUACUAGGUUCCUGCAGGUGCCUCAGAUACCUAGGCGACGGCCGGAUAUCACCACGUUCAUCCACAAACCCCUAGAACACUACAGGGACAUGCUGAGGUUGCUGAUGACCGUGCAGAACAAUACCAAACCCAAUCAUGAUGAUUUUCCUGUGAUAACUCAAGUUGUGCACGACUUACAAUUAACUUAUAGAGAAAUAACUUCGGAAGCAGGACUCAUGGAGCCUGUAGGGGAGGGUAGACCCCUACUAACUGUUCAAGAUUUAGAAAAUAGGCUAGUUUUUACUAAAUGCAAACCUUUUGUACUUAAUAAACCAGGGCGACAGUGGAUUUUCGGUGGUGACCUUGGCAGGGUGGAGGGUAGAAACGUCCGACAGUACUGGACCUUGCUGUUCAGCGACCUGCUACUUUUCGCGAAGGCUUCUAGGGACCGCGUCUUGUUCGUCAUCGAGGAACCGCUACCCUUGGCGCAUAUAACCGAUAUGUUUUUUAACGUGAGAAAAAAAGACACUGAAUUUAGGAUAACAAUCAACCCGGAGGGGGCUAAGGCGCAGAGCCCCACUGUGCACUGUGGCCCCGACCUGACCAGGACGCCUAGGAAGAACGCCAACAAGAAAACUGUGAUCUUAAGAGCCCCCACCCUCGAACUGAAGGCCGUGUGGCAGAACUUGCUGCAGCGACAGAUCUUCCACCUGAACUCCGGCAUGGACGGCAGCUCGGUUAGUUCUCCAUUAGAAUCCCCCGACGCCCCCAUCACCUCCUCCGUGGUCACCCUGCAGUCGGCAGAGUCGCUCACGUUGCAGCGUCGUCAGACCCCGCAAAACCUAAACCAAAACUGUCAAAACGAAAGUAAAGAGAUACAAAAACAAAUAGACGCCCUUAUUGAGCAUAAGUGCAAACAGUUGUGCAAAACUAGUUUUAAUAGCAAGUGCAACGCCGUCCACCUGGAGCAGUGGAUGAAGGGCCAGCUGGACGGCCAGACCCGGGCCUGUGAGACGCCCGAGAUGGAGCCCGUGUACGAGGAGUGGACGGAGGAGAUGCUCAGGAAACGGUCGGAGGAGCUGAUGCUGAUCGACGCUCAGGGUAACGUGACGUGUUCAGCGAUGGAUGUCAGGAGGAGUGAGAGCAGGUGCGAGGAGAUGUUGUCCGACGCGGAUCAGAGUCCCUCCAAGAGUACCACGACGGAGAGCCAGGUGACAGUCAGAUCGAGCCCCCUGAUGCCCGAAACAGUGCCGGUUUGCCGACAGUGCCACAAGAACUGCCUGAGCAGCAACGCAACGGCCAAUGGCAGCAUAAAAACAUACAGCGACUGCAACAACAGCGGGGAAAACGUGAAGACCUCCGAACCAAAAAUCGACAACAGAACCGACAGUGAAGGGAACGAAUGGCAGCCUCUUGUACUUUUGGGACUGAUGGCCAAUCCAGUAACCAGCCUGCUGAAAAUGGACCCUUUCUCGACCCCCCUUCCUAAAAUCUCCGUAGUACCUGCCACACCAGAGAGUUCCAUUAAAACCAGCAGUACCGAAAAUAGGAACAGGCAAGAUCCCCUUCAGUGCCAAAACUUAAAACAUUUCGAUCUUUGCAACGAUGUGGACAAUUCGCCAGACGACUCGCCCCAAACCGAGGAACACCCCUACCACUCCCUCAGCAGUUCAAUAGCCACCCUUAGAAGGUUCGGGACAGUGUCUAGUCUGGAACGUUUCGGCUCCGAAGGUCACGAGGACGCUUGGGAGAACAACAUCUCAUCGGAAAGCGAAGAGGAUGAGGAGGAAGACGAAGAAAAAUUGGAAGAAGAGGAAGAAAUGUACGAAAGGAGCUACCGCGGAGGAGUAGACAACGAGGCGUUCAAUCCUUCCGCCAUCAGGCACUGGACUGUUAGAGCGGGGACUUUCGUCGCGGAAAAAAUGGCGUUCUUCGAGAAGUUAGGCGAAGAUUAUAGGAGUGGAGGAUUUUUUGAUAGGUAUCUGAGGUCGGCGGACAAGGCCGUCAACGGUGAAGACCAGCAAGAGGACGAAACGUCGGGGGCUACGUCGGGGGAGGAGAUAUGGGGGACUCCCACAAGCGGAGAGGAUCUGGAUGACACACCUAAUUCACCGAAUUAUGAAGGCAAACAGUCGCCAAACGAUGGAUCUCUGUCUUCGGAUUUCGGGGACGACACGGAAAUAAUGAUGGACGAACUCCUGAUGACGCCCCCGAUCAGUGGAGCUGUAAUGAGGGGGCUGUUGCCUAGAAGAACCUUGGAGCCGCUCAUAGAAGAGGGUUCCGAAACGUCGUCUUCUUCAUCGAUCGACCCACCCACGGAACCGUCGGUAUCUCCAGAACAGGGCAGCGGAACUGGAGAUGCUGCUGACACAUGUUCGGGUGCUGCGGCAAGCCCCGCGGGGAGCGAUCCUCCUCCUCCGGCAAGUCCUACCGCCGGGUACGACGCUCCGGAGACGACGCCUUCUCCGCCAGCGGAUACUAUUUCGACACCGACGGAGCCAGCACCGACGAAGAUUCACCGGUCGGAAAGCUAUCGCCGUAUUAUAGAGGCUGCCGAAAACGCAGACGACGACGCCGCCGAAAGCACAUUCUUCUUCAAUCGGUUCAAGCCGACAGCCAAGUUUGUAAAUAUUGAGAGGGUGCCGAGGUCCAAAAGCGUUAAAAUAUUUGAAUUUUUCAAUGUGCGCAAACCGGAGCGAAGGAUAUACGAAACGUUCCCUGAAGGUAGACAUUUAAUAAAAGUAUUCAGCGCUGAGGAUUCGGAAACAGACAGCAUCCACUCCUCGUAUUCGCCUAAGCAACUCUCUCCGCGACGAUUGAAGGACAAGCAACUCGACAGGAGAUUCUGGAAGCAGCUGAGCAGAAGGAGGGGAAGCAAAGUGAACGUUCCGGCCUAAAGUAGUGAAUUCAAAAACGUUUUUUGUAACGAACAGGUGUUGUUGAUAUCCAUUUUUUUAUGUAUAAGCUCAAUCCAAGUGAUACAAGUGCUUCGAAUAAAAGGUGUGCAGAAAAAAGAACUCUUAAGAAAUUAACUCACCUAGAUCAUUUGCAUGGUGCAUAUUGCC